UGUACUGUGACGUAGGCACUAAAUACUUAUAACCAGUCUAGAAAUUUAAUAAUAGUCUUUAAUUUAAAUGCCAAUGAACUGAUAUUGAAUUAUACAAGUAUUCAUAAAUUAUAUUAUGAACAUUUGUAAUUGUGUUUUGUUAAUUGAAUAUUUGAAACAUUUGAUGGAUUUCAAAGUUGAUUUAACAAAUUCCAGGUAAACACGGGAUAUUUCUGCAUUUUUUGCGGGACACUUCUGUCUACUAAACUUAGAAUUAGUAUGCAUGUAAAAGAGAAACAGCACAUCCGUAAUAAAGCCAUCGAACAGACAAAGCGAUUCGGACGUUACGUGGUGGUCUAUGACAGUAUCCUUAUUGAUCACGACGCAUGGAGUGGCAUGAUGAGAGAUUCUUGUGCCGUAUGUAACGUGGAGGCAGCGGAUAAGAACCUUCACAAAUCGUCUACUUCACAUAUUUUAAAAUUGAUACAUAACACCGUCGAGUUUGGUCCCUCUGAAGAAAUCUACCGUGAGGUGGACGACAGCACAUUUUAUUGCAUAACUUGUAACGCCAUAUUUGCCACAAACGCUUUCGAUGUUCAUUUCAACGAAACUGAGCAUAAUAGCAGGUUGAAAAAAUGUAAAAAGGCUUACUUAGCACACAAAGCAGAUGUAAAAAAAGAGAUCCCUAUUCCUAUAAAAUUAAAGUCCGGAUUGCCAGUAAAAAGAAAAGAAAAGAAAAAUAUUAGAAACAACAAUGGUUUUGCCUCAGAUUCUGUUAUUGACGAGGCGUCCGAUCUAAAACAUUUUAAUAACGACGAUAAAGGAUCGACAUUAUUAAAUUCAACACAUAUAUUUGCAAAAAAUGAAGUUAACGUUAACUUUGAGUAUGAAACUGCAUUUUGUAAGAAAUGUUUCGAAAACGUAAAUUUUGAUUAUGAUUCUAUAGUCAAUCAUAUUAAAGAACAUGACAGAAUGCCAAAAAGCAGAAACGUUAGCUAUGUUCCUUACCAUUGUGAAGUGAGAAAACAAAAUAGUGUUAGAUUACUUGCAAUCAAUUCUUCAUCUACCGAGCUUGAUGAUACAAAACCUAACGUAAUAGACAGUAAAGGCAAAAACGUUACAUGUUCUAAGAAAAAUGUUACUAAGGAUAUGGCUGCCGAUGAUCCUGUCGUAUUCGCCAAGGAAAACCGCAUAACUUACAAUAAAAAUAAUAGCACUGCACACUGCCAAAUUUGCGAGGCUAAUAUCUCUAGUUCACUUAGAUCCAUGAAAGAGCACGUGGCAGGCAGUGUACAUAAAAUAUUAUCAUCGAAAAAAGUAUCCAAGAAAUCUACGGUCAAGAAAACUACCGUCAAGAAAACUACCGCCAAGAAAACUGUCUACAGUAAAUUACCAAUGAAAGACUUUAUAGAGGAAUUAUUUACUAUUAGAAAUUUUACUGGGAAGGAGAGAAUUAUUAAUGACAAAUAUUGUAUUGACCAUUUAAGUUUUCUCGUGAUCACUGAAACUGGCCGAUCGCUAAGGUGUCAGGUUUGCGAAGUAAAUUUGACUUUAGACCAAGUGAAUUUACAUGGAGAAACUUCAAGUCACGUUCGUGCCAUGGGUGAUACAUUAUUCUUAACAUCAUUGGAUGACACGGAGUUUGUCAGAGAGGUGAGAAUGUUUACUUUUCUAUUUAAAGGAAAGAAUAUCAGCGGGUACACCAGCGCUUCUAACUUAGGGCUAAUUAAUAACCCCUGCGGGAUAAAUCAGCUAUUAUCGGGAAUAAAUAAAGACCCUAAUAAUUAAGACCAAAUUCAAUAAAAGAGUAAUAAAACUGUCACAGUGUGGAACAUGAUUUGGAAAACGAUGUUAUUAUAA